AUGUCCGCCUCGCACUCCGACACUUCUCCCGCCCCGCCCGCUUCCUCCUCCUCCUCGGCGACGCUCCCGCCAGAGCAGUGCCUCACCCCUCCGUCCGUAAGGCGGAGGGAAGCCCGCCUCGCGCGUUGCGCAAUCGCAGCCUCCAACUCUGGUCGAGGCGGAGCGGAAACCGAGACCGCCGGCGACGACGGGACUCGGGAGCGCCGCCCUCGGACAGAGUACGCAGCGGAGGAAGUUCAAGCUCGUCGGGUUGGGCGGAGGCAAGCGGAGCGCGAGGGAUGGAGGGGAUGGGAAGUCGAAGCUGAGGGGUACGACGGGCAGCGGUGGGAUGAGGGGGUGGUGAGGGCUGAUGGUACGGUGGAUUGGGCGAGAUUGGAGGGUGCGACUGUAGGAGGUGAGGCCGCGGGACUGGAGCAUGACGUUCUGGCGCUCCCGACCGCCGAUGACCCGCUCUUCCUCCGCGACUCGCUCGACUACGACGCCCAGCCCGCCACGCUCCCUUCUCCGCCCUCGACGACUACCAGACUCGGUCUCGACUCCCUCCCACCGAACACGGUCCCGCUCCUCCUCUCGGCGCUGUACAUCGCCUUCCGCGCGCUGUACCCCGCCUCGCGCACGUACCGUCGCACGCGCUCUGCUGGACAGACCGGCGUCGAGGGCAAAGUGCGCAUGGGGUCGAGGGAGUAG